AUGACUGAAGUAUCACCAGCAUCCAAACCCAGUAUCGUGCUUAUUCAUGGCCUGUGGAUGACACCACUUUGCUGGGAGCACUGGAUUUCGUAUCUAGAAGGCAAGGACUAUCAUGUGCUGGCUCCCGGCUGGCCCGGUGUUGACCAGCGGUCCCCUGAACAGAUCCGUGCGGAUCCCCAGCCCAUGGCCGACAAAACCAUUGAUGAGAUCGUUGAUACGUACGCAGCUAUAAUCUCAGCCCUCCCAGUGCCGCCCAUAAUCAUAGGGCACAGCUUUGGAGGUUUAUUCACGCAGAUUCUCCUGUCGCGGGGAUACGGCUGUGCUGGGAUUGGAAUCUCCCCCGCUCAGCCGGCAGGCAUCAUCUCGCUGCCAUUCAGCUCUUUGAAGGCGACUCUGCCAGUAUUGUCAAACCCAUUCAAUAUCCACUCUACUGUUCACAUUACAGAAGAGCAGUUUCACUACUGCUUCGGCAACCACCUCUCCAAAGAAGCCAGUAAAGUGCUAUACGAUCGGUACGCCAUUCCAAGCGUCGCACACGUAUUAUGGCAGGGCGCCGGGGGGAUGUUGAAAAAGACAGGUGCAGGGCACGUUGAUUUCAAGAAGGAAAGUCGCGCUCCGCUCCUGUUAAUAGCAGGCACCAAAGAUCACGUUGUACCUCUCGCAACGGUGCAGAAGGAGUUGGAAGCGUAUGAGAAGAGCAAAGGCCAGACGGUGGUUGAGUUGAAGGUGUUUGAAAACCGGACACAUGGCAUUGUUAACCAGGAAGGCUGGGAAGAGAUUGCAGAUACAGCGAUUGCUUUUGCAGAGGCACAUAUGAAGUUAUGA